AACUUACCGAGCAAGAACUUCUCCGAACAGUUCUUUCUGUUCCUAAAAUUCAUUCGAUUAAGACAAAAUCUACAACAAAAGCGGCAACAAGAAAAAGCCCUAAAAUGCCGGUUCUGGCAUGGGAUGAUUUUCUUAAUAAUGCCUUUUAUGCAUCAACAGCUCUUGACACAGGCAAUCGUAUAUUUAGCAGGUCUAACGUCACUGGGGCUUUAUCUGUCGAAGAUUCUGUUGUUGACAUGUUCUUGAAAACGAUGGAAGCUACCAACAAUCAGAGAUUAAUUCUUUUGCCAACGCCAGAACGUUGGAGUAAGCGUUAUGUAUGUCGGGCUGUCAAAGGCCAACCAGAUGCUAUACGCUGUGGUGCUGGUAACAUACAGCUUUUGAAUGACUUGGAUGCCUCUCUGAUACUUUCAGCAGUUGAAGUUAAACCUGAACAGUUGAUGAAGACUUUGGUAGCUGAUGGAACCGAAUUGUUUAAUGCAUAUAACACAGCAUUAACAACAGAAGAUGAUGGAACAACCGCGUACACUCGACAUCAAAAAAUUAUCAGAAUCGUUAGGCAACUUUUUGGAUAUAUGGUCGUUAAUGACCUCAAAUAUGGCCUUCUUACAACAUAUAUUCGAACAUGGUUUUUUUAUCGUCAGGAUGAAGACCCGGACAAUCUUUACAUUUCUCCGACAGUUCAUAUCAAUCAAAGUCACACAAGUGAUAGUGCAUCGUUCCUUGAAUGUAUGUACUAUUUUGAAAAUAUAUCUACAACAAAUCCAACUGCACAUUCUUCACCACCUAAUACUGAUGGUGGGAAUGAUAAUGAUGAUAAAAUCGAUGAUGACAAUGAUGAAUAUCGGCCAUCAAGUUCUAAGAGGAGUGUCUUGAGGAGGACUUUUGGAAGAAUCACUCGCAGCCAAUCAAAAAAAGGAAAAGACAAACUAAAUGAUAAUGAAUUUCUCAAUAGUAUGAAAAAUUAUAAACGUAGCCAAUUCUCAUUUGGCGAUGUGUUGGGAAAUGGUCGUUCUGGAGUUAUUUUUAUGACCAAGCUUCACGAACAAGUAGGCGCUCUUAAAAUGGUCGAUCUAUAUAAAAAAGAGUAUUUGUUACAGGAAAUCCUAAAUGAACUUAAAAUGUACCUUGGACCUCUCAAGGGAAUUCAAGGCAUCUACAUACCAAAGCUUCUUAAAUAUGGGGUUCUCCACGAGGCAUUUGUAUUUAUUCUUACAUCGUUUGCCGGAGAGUCUUUUGCAAAUAAUAGAAGUAUCACAGAAAAAGAAAAGCAGUUGGCCAUUAAUGGUUUAAUGGAAAUACACGCAAAAGGAGUGAAACAUGGUGAUAUUAGAUUAGAAAAUAUAAUGAUGAAAAGGAAUGAGUUAACGGGUCAUUCUUAUGUGUGGUGGAUUGAUUUUGCGUGGAGCAAAAUGAUAAAUAAUACAGAAGAUCUGGACGCGGAAUUAUCCGAAUUGAAACACUUGCUUGGCAUGUGUUAA